CCACUCUUCUGGCUGGAUUUGGAGAUGACGGGUCUCGACAGCCGGCGUGACGUCAUCCUUGAGGCAGCGAUGCUUGCCAGCGACAGCCAGCUUCGUCGGACCGUGGAUGGGCCUGAGAUUGUCAUCCACCACGCGGACCCGGUCCUCGCCGGCAUGAAUGAGUGGAGCCGCCAGCAGCACGACCGAUCUGGGCUGACUGAGCGAUCCCGACUGAGCACCACGAGCCUCGCUGCGGCCGAGGCGGCGCUGCUCGCUUUUGUGGAGACGCACUGCCCUGGCGACGCAAAGGCUGUGCUUGCGGGCGCGUGCGUCUACAAAGACCUCGAGUUUGUGGAGGUGCACAUGCCGCGGCUACGCGCGCGGCUGUCGCAUCGCGUGGUGGAUGUGUCCACCGUGAGGCACCUCGCCCACGCGUGGUACCCUGGUGCGGCUCGCAAGGCCCGCGCCGCCCUCUCCGCGCACGCGUACACGCACCGCGCCCUCGACGACGUUCGCCACAGCAUCGCAGAGCUGCGAUACUGGCGAGAGCACUGCUUCAGA